GUGGGCAUUAUGGUCAUUUCAAAAACCUGAACGAACCACCUAAAACAUUUUCAAUUUCAAUUCUUCUAUUUGGUUCGUUAUCCUCUUCCUCUUCUUCUUCUUCUUCACUUCUCAAAAAUCCAUGGCAGUUAUAUCAAGCCACAACCUAUUCUCCACUUUCACUCGCUUCAACAGCUCAUCAAGAAUCAAUCCCCACUCACAAACAACCAACAGCGCAAGAUUGAUUCGAAUUCGAUGCAGUGGUGAUUUGAGCACAUGUGCUACGAACACGGUUGAGAAUCAGCAGAGAGUGAAACUGAGUAACGGGAACGAUUCAUUGGAAAUAUGUAGAGUUCUUAAUGGAAUGUGGCAGACAAGUGGUGGUUGGGGGAGGAUUGAUCGAGACGACGCCGUUGAAGCUAUGCUCCGGUAUGCUGAUUCCGGCUUAUCUACCUUCGACAUGGCUGAUCACUAUGGGCCAGCUGAAGAUCUAUAUGGGAUUUUUAUCAAUCGAGUUCGUCGUGAGCGUCCACCAGAAUUUUUGGAACAGGUCAGAGGUCUCACUAAGUGGGUGCCACCGCCAGUUAAGAUGACAAGUAGCUUUGUAAGAGACAACAUUAAUGUGUCAAGGAAGAGAAUGGACGUGGAAUCCUUGGAUAUGCUUCAGUUCCAUUGGUGGGAUUAUUCAAAUUCAGGAUACCUUGAUGCACUAAAACACCUCACAGACUUGAAAGGAGAAGGUAAAAUCAAAACUAUAGCUUUAACAAAUUUUGAUACCGAGAGAUUACAAAUUAUUCUUGAAAAUGAGAUUCCCAUUGUGAGCAAUCAGGUACAACAUUCACUUGUUGAUAUGCGUCCCCAGCAGAAAAUGGCAGAGCUUUGUCAGCUUACAGGAGUCAAACUGAUAACGUAUGGGACAGUAAUGGGUGGUCUGUUGUCUGAGAAGUUCCUUGACACCAACAUAAACAUCCCUUUUGCUGGACCUGCAAUAAACACUCCAUCCCUCUCAAAAUACAAAAGGAUGGUGGAUGCUUGGGGAGGAUGGGGUUUGUUCCAAGGACUUCUUCGAACUCUUAAACAAGUAUCUACUAAGCAUGGUGUUUCCAUUGCAACUGUUGCUGUGAAGUAUAUACUUGACCAGCCUGCUGUAGCAGGAUCAAUGGUUGGUGUAAGACUUGGCUUGUCAGAACAUAUACAAGACUGCAAUGCUAUCUUUUCACUUGUUCUUGAUGAAGAAGAUGUAAACAGCAUAAGGGAAGCAGCAGGGAAAGGCAAGGAUCUUCUUAAAGUGAUUGGUGAUUGUGGAGAUGAGUACAGGCGUGCAUGAGUUUUGAUAAUUGCUAUAUCAAACUAGUGAUUGUUUUCACUUAUACAAGACAAGGGAAGAUGAGAACAUAAAAAGAAGGGAAAUUAUUCACUCCCAAUUUUGUCUCAGUAGAAGGACUUGUAUGUAAUACUUUCAUAUGUUACUCCGUACCAGUUUAAAGACAAAAGAAACAAAAAGGUUGUUUAUAAGUAAAUUAAUACAUUUGUUUUGUUUUUGAUAAAA